AUGUCUGCCUCACCAGAAGCAUCGGUAUCUGCUCCAAAAGAGCGCGCCAGUGGCUCACCCAGCCCUGCCUUGUCGAACCUUGCGACGGAAGCCAAGCAUGACAUCGACAGCCAGGAAAUCCAGGCGCCAAAGAAUGAAGGACGCCAACCAGCUGACGAACCGGAGACCGACGCGUCAAAGUCGCAAUCCGAUGAACUCGAACAAGGUGAACUGACCUCUGAGCCACCACUUCCCGAUGAAGUCCCACCACCACUUCCCACCGAGGCUCCGCCCGCACAGCCCGAGGACGAUGGAUGGGAACCUGCAUGGGACGCCACCGCACAAGCAUAUUACUUUUACAACCGCUUCACCGGAGUUUCGCAGUGGGAAAAUCCCCGCGUUCCCCAGGUCCCAGCAGUCGCAGCAAUCCCAGCAGCACCCGGUACAGAAGAUAGUCACCAAAGCGCAGCCCCGAAAAAGGAACCAGUACUUGGUGGCUACAAUCCCGCGAUCCACGGCAAUUAUGACCCCACGGCACCGUAUGCGCAAUACCACGAAGAGCCAGAACAGCCCACGAGCGCAGUCGGUCUCGACCCAUCCGCAGCAUAUGCAGCUACCGGCACAUUCAACCGCUUCACUGGACGAUGGCAAGCUGAAGCAAUCAAUCCGGAAAACCACAAUGACGAGAACAAGUCUCGACGACAGAUGAAUGCUUUCUUCGACGUUGAUGCCGCGGCUAACAGCCAUGAUGGCCGGAGCUUGCGCGCGGAGCGCAGUGCUAAGAAGUUGACAAAGCAAGAGCUGAAGCAGUUCAAGGAGAAGCGUCGUGAGAAGAAGGAGGAAAAGAGGCGCGCUUGGCUGAGGGAUUAA